UGAGAGCCUUAUCAUGCAAUUACACGUUGACUAGCUUCACACUCUCCCAGCCUCUUAAUCCAGUGCCCCCACCAGGAAUAAAAUUUCACUAAUUUCUGAAUUGCUGCAGAUCCUCCCAACUUGUCGCCGAGAGUGGCUGGAGUGAGAGGUGCUGCUGGGAACGUCACGUCAAACUUCAUGGCGAAAAAGCAAACUUUGCAUGUCAGUGUGGGUGGCGUUGCGUUGGGAUGCUCCAGGCUUCUCAGCAUCUCUGAGUGAGUGCAUGCGGUCUGGACACUCAGAGCCCCCUAGCUUCUCUGAGUUCCACAUUCUCUUGUUUGGGGGUUGCCCUUCCCCCCUCCCGUCUGUCUGGAAGGGAGGCUUUCCUUGCUAGUCCACCAGACUGGGAAGCCUGUGUCAACACAGUGCCCCAAUUCAUGCAUCUUCAUCAACAUCAUCAUCAUGCAGUCCCUCCACCUCGUUCAGUUCAGUUUCCUUCUUGCUCAGACAGGCUGUCUCUCACACCCUCUCAUGUGCUCUAGCCCCCACCGAACAUUAAGGUGUAUAAAUAGGAAAAUCCCUGCCCACUCUGCACCAGAAGAGCGCAAGCAAGAACACUGUAAUAAGACUGCUGGAGAGGGCGCAGGAUUCCUGUUCCUCCCUGCCUGUUAAUGCUAUUCUCCCCAGGGCUUUAUAAUAAGUUAGGUCUUUAAAGAGGCCCAUUAAGCCUUUCGAUCUACCAGGGGACUGUUUCUAGCAUAGAGCCACAGUCAGACAUCAUGAGGCCCCCACAGGAGGAAGGCGCUACAGCAAGAACCCCACGGGACUGAGCUUCCCUUUGCUAGAGGGCAUACAUGGACAUCGGGCUCACACGUGAAGCACGCUCUCUGUGCUCCCAGGAAAAGACGGGCUUCCCACUGAGCGCGGAAGGGAUUCCUUAGCUAAGGGAACCCUCAGCCAUCAUGAAGCAAGUGUUUAUGUGCCUAUCACAUUGUGGCCUCUGCUUUCUUUUCUCCAGGAGAUCCCUACAGGGAUUUACGAUCCAGAGGAAAUGUUCUAGGUUUCCUUCCCGAAGGUUCCUGGAAAGCUGAGCUCAGAUCAGCAUGCCACGAGGCACGCACCUGUGCCUCUUCCCAAGGCGUGCUACACACACUGUUCUAGACGGUGUCGCGGCUGCGCAGGGAGGAGGGCCCCCUAGACGAGAGCCACCCAGGACUCAGGUCCGCCUGGACCUUGACAAGGAUGCCCCCUAGCCUUUUACACGUUGUCUGGUCUUUUGUUGGCUGGCAAGGAUUUUGUUUUCCAGGGAGGAGCCUUUGCUCCCCUUGAGUGAGAGAGAAUAAGCCCGGGCCCGGGAGGCACAUGGAGGUGCUAGUCUGAAGGAGUUGACUCUUAGAAACCACAGCACAGAUGCCUGAAGCCGAGGAAACUCCUGCAGUGGUGGGCACCACAGAGUCCUGGAAGAGAGAACGCCCUACCCGCCCCCGCUCCCCCGAGGAGAGGCCGGGACACCUCGUCCUGAAGGGCCAGGAUGGCCGCCCCUGCGGGGUCCGCAUAGAAAGAGCCGGGUGCUCCUUUUGGAACCUUGGUUGGCGAUUCUGUAUGGCUUCAUACGCAACUCUACUCCAGCAAAGAUGCUAGGCCUGCGGCACAUGUGGACGCUGGAGCUCAGCUCCGUCACUGUGCGUGGAGGAGCCUCCAGAGCCCCAGAAGACCCCCGCCCAGGGGGUGACAUCAGCUGGGGAGCUAUUAAUAACCGCCCUCCCCUCCCUGUCAUAUUUCCUGAACUGUGUGGGGAAGGCGAUUGUGAGGCGCUCUGCUGGAAUUUGGCAGCGCGGAGGCUUGGAGAGCAGCCCCAUGCUGGCUCCUAUUCAGCCGGCCAGUUUUCCUCGAGCUUUGGAAGUUUCACUCAGCCGUGCACUCAAUGGCUUCACAAAGCUGAUUACAAGCUUCAGCGCAUUCCUGAAGGAGCCAAAAGCGACGCAGGUGCAAACGAGCCGAGGGAGCCCCUUAUCCCGGUGACAGAAUGGGACAAGCUGGGAAAGGCUUGGACCACACAAAUCCAAGGCUCACCAGGCAGCGGAGAGCUUGUCUUGGGAACCGGGGGUCAUUAUCCGCCCUAUUCAGCGGGGCCGGGGACCCUGGGGCUGGGGAGGCCGGCCGGGCGCAAGCGCCACCGCCAGGGCUCGCCCGAGGCGGCGGGGACCCCGCUGGGCGCUGCCGCCCGUCGGGAUGCUGAGCGCUGUUUGUUCCCACCGACGGCGUCCGUGACAUCCACCGUGCUCGUGAGAGCCGGCGUCCACACUCACGGGCAUCCGGGAGAAGGAGGGUGGCGGGGAUGCGCAGGGCGUGGACAGCGCGUGACUUCGGUCGCCGAGGCUGCGCUGGCUGUUCCUGCCGCCGGUCACUCUCGGCCCUACCCCUAACCCCUCCGGCCUCUGCCGAGAGCGACCUCCGCAAAGUGCGGUGGCUGGGGACAGGGACGGGGGGUGGGGGUCGGAGGGCAGUGGCGGUGGCAACACAGGGUCGGGUCACUAGGUGGGCCCGCGCACCCAGUGGGGCAGGGGUGAGCGCGGAGACCGUUUCUUCCUGGGGGAGUUAAAGACGCGACUGUCAGCGGCGGAAGGGCCGCAGGCCGCGGGGAGAGGCUGGCUCCGAGCAGGCAGAGGCUGGCUCCGAGCAGGCAGAGGCUGGCUCCGAGCAGGCAGAGGCUGGCUCCGAGCAGGCAGAGGCUGGCUCCGAGCAGGCAGAGGCUGGCUCCGCACGCAGGGCUCGCAGAAGGGACGGGCGUGGGCGAACUCAGGUGGCAGCGCCGGAGCUCGGGGGCCACAGACCCAGCCCGGCAGCCGCCCCCGCCCCCGGCCCCGCCGCGUCCAGGUCGGCGCGGCCUCCCACCCUCCGCCCCCCCGCUCUGCCCGGCUGCACCCCGAGGUGCCCGCGUGCAGGGCGCGGGCGGGCAGGGCGCGCUUGCCGACGCUCUUUUGUCUGAUAACUAAUUUGAGUUAAUGCGAUCUUUAUGUAAAGCUAGCAGCGGAUAAUUGUCUAUUUUCUCGCCAACAGUCUCCAUCACAGUCACUUAUCUGGAAACCUGCGGCUGGAUUAAUCGCUAUAUUCCCAAGAUGAGCGCCGCUGCCAUCCGCAGUGUACGCGGGUGGGGACACGGAAGCACCCGUCUGGGCCCGGGUGGGGUUGUUUAGGCACAGAAGAUGUGGAAGAGGAGGGGCCAGGCCUGUGGGGACCCUGGCGUGAGAAAGGUUGGUUGGCCCUCGGUAAAGGCACAGAACUGCCUGUGCAAAUAAAGGGCUUUAGACCUCACAGAAAUGACGCUUCAGACCCUUCAGACUGAGGCCUAUUUAGAUGCAAAAAAAAAAAAAAAAGUUCCCUCCGAUCUUGAUUUUCCAACUUCAGGCCGACCACACCCACCGCUGCGCCUUAAGCCCCGCCCCCGGAAUUUAACCUGCUGCAGGAUCCUGGUCCUCCAAGCGAAGGCCUGGCAAAAUAUUUACUUAGGAACUGUGGGUGUGGCACUGAGUCCUAGUUGGCCAGCCCCUCAUCCUACCUACUGGAGUUAAAGAUGGGCUUGUGGUGCCAAAUUUCCAGGGAGGAUGUACUCGUCUACACAGCUAAACGUUCUUAAAACAUCAGCUUCGUGGGGCGAGUCAGCGGGUGCGGGCGGUGCUGUGCCCGCCGCUGUCUCUGCAGGUGUGAAAUUCCUGUCAUCAGCCUGUGAAUAAAUCGGCACUGCCUCUGCUUGGUCAGUUACUCGGAGGAAAACCCUCUGCUCCUGAGUGUCUCUACGUUCCGCCUUUGCCGCUCCGCCCCGCCUUGGUGUCAAUUUUUCAAGAUAUCCUUUCAGGAAAAGAGGACAUUCUGUUUCACACCGCGACAGCUUUAGGCGGUGGAGACGGAAACCGUAGGCCUCCAUUUUGGCAGCGUAAGUAAACUUCCAAGAGUGAAUGCCUAUUGGUCCACCACAUUAUUAGAUUGUUAGAUGAGGGGUACCCCGGGAUGAGUCCUCCAACAGGCCUCUGCAAGCUCCUCUUUAAAGAACCCCUGUUGUUCCUCUCCAGCAGCCCGAGGAAAUCUUCAAAAGCAAACACGGGAAUCCCUGCAAACCAGUCCCAGCUAAGAUUCCCAGGACAGUGCCUCUUCGUGCCCUCUGGACGUCAUCCCACCAGCUCUCACCUGAAUCCUGUCACCUCUGCCAUCUUGAAGUGAUCUGUGGACAAUGCUGAGCUGGACAGCCCCUGGUCAACCAGGCAGAACAGUCUAUGCAAAUGCUGGAGGCCUGCCCUGGGAACAGUGCACCCAUUGUCCUGGGCCUUUCAAAGCCGGGAGCAGCUGCUCAGACUUGCAGCCCUGGACCCUUGGCUGCCACAGCAAUGUCAUCAUUGCAAGACAUCAGACUCUGAAAAUUAGACGACCCGAAUUCAUGAGCAGCCUGUCUUGAGUGUUUCUGUCUGUGACAUGUUUCAAGGUCCAGAGGCCCUUCUGUUGUUGGGGGCAGGAGGAGGACAGGGGCAGGGGAGAGUUUGCAGUCACUUCUUACUAGGGGGCUUGGAAACCUUACAGACUGUCCUUGGGCUUAUGAACUGGGGCAUCUGGCUUGAAGGAUUAAGAGUCUGAGGCUUUUCUGUUGUGCUCUCUCUUGCAAGUUUAAAUGCACUGAAAGGAGUCAGGAUGAAGCAAUGGAGCAGGUGUGCCAGCCACAGGUGCUUGGACUUCUUGGGAGAGAAGCAGGCAGGCUGAUUGGCUCAGCACUCUCCAACCACCUCGGCUCAGAGUUCCUUCCCGGAAGCAUCAGUGCCUCCUUUAAUCACCUCCAUCCUUCCCUUGCUCACCCCCACCCCCGAAACCAGGACUGAAAAGAAUCCUUGGUCCAUUGUUUGGUGGUUCCUGGUGUGGGAGUUGAGCAUGGGUUCAGCAGCGGGUGGCUCAUAGCAUACAGGCUGCCAGAACCUGAGAGUACAUCCCUCUGGUCUCCCGGCACAGGGCCUACUGGGAAGAAACUCCAAGGAUUUGGGGGAGGCUCGGGGCUUCAAGUAAGGCAGCUUCCCCCUCUCCUUCAAAUAUGCUUGGUCCCAGGGACCUCUAGGGUAUUGUAUUUGGUUUUGUUUGGGGUCUUACUCUAACUCAAGCUGGCCUAGAACUCCUUGCAAUCCCCCUGCCUCAGCCUACUGAAUGUUGGUGUCACAGGCUGGUACCAUCCUGCUCUGCUGACAUGUUACUUGCCUCUCCACAGGACUCCAUCGCUGUCCUCUACACCUCCUCACUGGGUGCAGCGUGUUCCCAGUGAACACCCAGGAAACCACCAGGCCUGUUAUAGCAGGAUCAAGCCCAAGACAGGAGGGUGUGUCCUCCUGUCCUAAGUAAGGCUUCCCCUGUGCACCCAAGGUUUCUGAUAACCUGAACGGGAGGGCUUGGUUAGAUGUGAAGUUCAACAAAAUAUUGCUUUGUAAACCCAGGGGGGAAAAAAAAGUUGAAAAACAAGUGAAGAGAUUCUUUAGACCACAAGGCUUAGUUGUUUGGGAUUGAGCCUCUGAGCAUCCCAGGCUGCCCCAAACCAGGCAGACUACAUGGCAGCCACUGGGACAUUACUGCAGCAGGAAUGCCAGCACGAUGUAUAGGGCACAGACCAGGUGGGCUCUCAGUAUGGAACAGCACCUGCAGAUGCUUGGGGUGUCUGCUGAAGGAGGGCAGAGGUUCUGGGUAGGAGGGCUGCUGGAGCGGGUAGCCAGAGAGACAUCAUGUGACAAGAAGGAUGUCUUCUCUGCGAAAGGAGCCUCCCCAUUUCUGCGUAACUGCCUUGCGCCCCUUUCCACAUAUAUGCGGGCGUUCAUUCUCAUAAGCACACGAACACCUGCCCACACAGGGGCCAGGCAUUGACCUUCAUGUGCUGCAAGCCAUUCAGAAGUGACAGAGUCACACUCAAACACCGGCCAUUCCCCCGUGCCACAGCUGUGUUCUGGUUGAACCCAGGAUGGCUUGUUGGGCCCGAGUACCUGGACCUCCAGGCAAAACUUGAAGAACUCCAAGUUAAGCACAUAGAACAGAGGAAGUGAGUCCAGGGGCCAGAAGGCUCAGGGCCUUCCCUUCUGUUGUCUCAGGAUCCGCUUGUGUGCCAGGCUGGACACCUCACGGCUGGCUUGGCAGCUUGUUUUCUGUGCUUCCUGGUUUGCCCGCUCUGUCUGUAUUAUUCCUGGAUUGCUCUUGGCAUGCCACUUAGACUCCCUGUGACCCAGGAGGGUAGCUGGCCACCACAGACAGCUCCUGAGCACCCAAAAUUCAGAAGAUCACACACUCUAGAUUUUAAAACUGCUGAAUGAGAAAGAGCUCAGUGACUAUUUGAAAUGUUGGCUACAGAAAUGACUGUACUUGGAGUAUGUUGGAUUAAAUCAAACACAGUAUUGAAACCAGCUUCACUGCCCGUUGCUCUUGGGUAUCAAUGUAGCCUCGGUAGCUACUCUUCUACGGUUCCUGCCUUUCACUAGCAGUCUUUGGUCUUUCCAUGAUCCUGUAGGAAAUGGAAAAGGAAGAAGCAAAAGUUGGAGGGGAAAAAAAAGCAGGAGGCAGCUGGGUCCCCUCCCCGGGCCUUUCACAGUUACUCUGUAACAAUCAAAGCUUCCUCGCUUUCACCAGCAGGAAGGAGAAGCAUCAGACAUUACAGGGAUUGCUCCAAUCGUAAUUCUGUUUAUUUACAUGGUGAUCUCAGGCAGCGGUCCAUGAACCCUGAAGCAGCCUUUGAAAUGUCUUGCUAGUACGGCCGAAUGAUGGAAGAAUCUGAUUCUAGGUGUCACUGGGUGAAUUCCAUGACGUUAUAAGGAAACCUCUCUGUGUUAUUGUCAAACUUUUGGUCAGCAUUUGACACUUUCUGGCUUUAAUUUUGUCUUGCAAAUGAGUCACCAGGUCUGACUGCCACCACUCAAACGAAGGAGAAUUCUGAACAGAAAUUUGUCUUCUGGGAAAAUGGUUUAUGAGUUCCGUCUAGAAAUUCCUUUUUGGACUAACAUGAAGCUUUAGAACUGCAUGAAAUCAGAUGUGGCCCGGGAGGCCACAGACAAAUGGUUAGAAAUUUUUAUUCCACAUUUAUGCAUUUAUUAGGAGGUGUGCAUGCCGUAGGGCACACAGAGGUCAGAGGGUAAUUUCCAGGGGUCACUUUUCGCCUUCCAGCCUGUGGAACCAAACUCAGGUCAUCAGGCACUAAGUACCUGCCGAGCCAUCUUGCCAGCCCAAGUAAACAUUAAUAUUAAAGAGUCCAAAGUACUCUACAUAAUAUUUUAGAUGCUAAAUGUCUGAAAGUAGGAAAGAAAGAAAGAAAGAAAGAAAGAAAGAAAGAAAGAAAGAAAGAAAAAGAAAAAUCGAGAUUUUGUUUUGUCAUUUGGUAAUAACAAAACUGCUCCAAGCUCAAUGUCUUUAAUAUAUAAUGAAGAUUUUGUGUGCAUAGGUUUAGAUAUGUACAAUAUAGUUCAAUAUAUUUAUUGGGGGGUUGUUUAAUCAAUAUGAAACAAUUCAGGAAAGUGUGAAGUUAAGUCCACCAUGCCAAUAAACUGGAAAUAUCUCAGAGAUAAUUUUGAAUAAAAUU